UACCGCAGUAUAGAUUUGUUGUUCAUCGAUUGAACGUGCAUUUGUCGGAUCGUCUCGGUCGUGAAUGUGAUAUAUCCUUUUCCAGUGACUAUUCAAUAAUUUUAGUGCUGCAUAAAUUUUUAAAAGUGAGUGGUGAAUCAUGAACUCGACUUUCAGGUUGAAUACCGGGCACAUGAUCCCAAUGAUUGGAUUUGGCACCUAUCAAAUACAUGGUAGUGAUCUGAUUUACCGCACACUGGAUUAUGCCCUGAAGGCAGGCUAUCGUCAUAUCGACACUGCCGUAGUUUAUCGUAAUGAGGAACAUAUUGGAAACGCUUUAGAACAAUUGCUCCCUAAGUAUAACUUAAAACGUGAAGAUAUAUUCAUAACUUCGAAGUUAAUAUCUCAAGUAAACAAAGGCGAAGCUUUCGUGGAGGAACUCGUUCUGAAGUCAUUGGCCAACUUACAAACAGAAUAUAUUGACCUUUACCUCGUUCAUUGGCCCGGCGUGAGUGGGUUGCAAAUAUCUCAUCCAGACAAUGUCAAGUAUCGCAAGUGCACGUGGAACGUGCUAUCUAGACUUCAUCGUGAAGGCAAAUGUCGGUCAAUCGGUGUCUCAAACUAUACGGUCAAACAUAUUCGGGAGCUGCUAGCUGAUUGUAAUGGAGUGCGGCCAGCUGUUAAUCAGGUUGAAUGGCACCCGCGCUAUUUCCAGCCGGAACUACUGCAGCUGUGUCGUUCGGAGGGCAUUUUCCUGCAGGCGUAUUCCUCGCUUGGUACUUCGGGUAGCACCAGCCUACGGGAGGAUCCAGUCGUGGCCGACGUAGCGUCCCGUCUCGGUCGGUCACCAGCUCAGGUUCUACUCCGUUGGGCACUGCAGCGUGAGGUUGGCGUUUUGCCUAAAGCGCGGUCUCAAGACCGGAUCGACGAAAACAUUGCCCUCAACUUUGAGAUCCCGUUGGAAGAUAUGCAACUGCUCGAUGAGUUAAGGGAUACCAGCGGCAUGAAAUACGCCUGGAACCCUGAUGCUGUUGUUUAGGGAACGACACUCGCUUUCUGAAGUGUGUCAUUAGCUUAGCUACAAACAAAUCGCUUUCAUUUAUCACUUGGUGCCUUUGCUAGAAUUGACUAGUUUUGUUAAAUGAUAUUUUCUUUUAAGAGGUGUACUGUUACUGUUAAUUUUCAACUAUAAUAAACAUUUUUAACUUAGA